AUGGCGCUGGUAGUCUACAAAGGGGGCGAGGAUGCUCGUUAUAAGGAGCGAGCCACAGCCAUGAUUGAAUCUCCCGAGUUCAACAGACCGAUUGACCGCCAGAAGAGUUAUGCUGAUCGGAGACGCAGACCACUAGAGUUCUCUGUUGGCGACCAUGUAUUUCUGCGAGUUUCACCCACGAAAGGAGUGAAGAGAUUUGGCCUCAGAGGUAAGCUAGCUCCGCGGUACAUUGGCCCUUUCGAGAUCUUGGAGAGGAUCGGAGCGAUAGCUUACCGGCUAGCACUACCACCGUCCCUGGCAGGCGUCCACGAUGUAUUCCACGUAUCAAUGUUGAGGAGAUACGUACAUGACCCGACACAUGUGCUGGCAGAUAUCCCAGUUUCAGUUCAGCCUGACAUUACUUAUGAGGAGGUUCCGGUACGGAUUCCCGACCGGAAAGAGCGUCAGUUGCGGAACAAGACUAUUCGGCUGGUUAAAGUCGGAUGGCAGCAUCAUUCGGACAAGGAGGCUACUUGGGAGCUUGAGGAUACUAUCCGAGCUCGAUACCCCCAU